AAGACUCCCGAGCUUCUUAUUUAUCCAUCGUCAUUCAACUUUUUUUCGCCGCCGUCUUGUAUCUCGUUUCGCCUUGCUCACAGCCUCUCAUCUACUCGAUAUCCACUUCAUACACGUAUAAUCAGUCACAAUGGGUUGGUUCUGGGCAGAUUCGCCAGCCGCCGCACCUGUGGCUCCCCACCCCAUGCCUGCCAAUGCGAGCGCCACACCUCCGCCAGGAUGUCCCAUGCACAAGCCCGCCGGCGAGGUUCCUUCAGCACCACCACCUUCCAUUGUCACAAAGCCCGCAGACUCAGCAAGCGCAUGCCCCUACGUGCCACCCACCACAGACACCAAAGAGCCUUCCGCCGGCUCACCCUCCUACAUCUCAAAGCUCAACCCUCUCAACUACAUGCCCAAGAACCUCUCCAACCAACGCGACCACACCGAACAAACCGUCGACCUCCCUCUAGACCGCGAGAACAGCACAAUCCCCCGCGGCGACGGCCAAGGAACUUGGGAAUACCCUUCGCCUCAACAAAUGUACAAUGCCAUGUUGCGCAAGGGAUACACGGAUACACCAGCCGAACACGUAGAAGCCAUGGUCUCUGUCCACAAUUUCCUAAACGAAGGAGCUUGGAAUGAAAUCGUCGAGUGGGAGAAGAGGUUCUCUGCAGGAUUAUCACGAGGCUGGCAAGUGUGCAGCAAAGGCGAAGAAAACGCUUCCCUCAUGGCAGACAUGCUAGCGAGAAAAGACGCCAUGGCCGCCAACACCGAGACCAAGGAUCCAAGUCUCGUCCGCUUCAUGGGCCGUCCCUCGGAAUUGACACCAAAAGCCCGCAUGCUUCAAGUAAUGGGCUGGCUAUACCCAUCCAAAUACGAAACCGAACCACCUUUUGAUCGACACGAUUGGUUUGUUCGCAGAGUGCAUCCAGAUGGCACGGAAAGGGAAAAAAGAUAUGUUAUUGAUUAUUACUCGGGGCCGCCUGAAGAGACUGGAGAACCGGUUUUCUACCUCGAUGUCAGACCUGCUGUUGACGGACCGCUGGAUGCGGCGGAGAGGGUUGUUAGGUGGGGUGGAGAUGUUUGGUGGAGGGCUAGCGGGGGCAGCGUCAGGGAGGAAUUGGCGAAAUUGAAACAGUGAGAAUGGAGGAGUAGUGUGUUUGUGAUGGAGCAGGCAAGGUUGUUGUAUUGAAUUUGAUACUGGGGUAUUGUGGGUUUGUGUUUGGAAAGCGUUUUUUGAUGGGAUUGCACGUUUAUUUCUUCUCUGUUGUAUUGGGG